ACCAAUCAGCAAAAAUGGUUGUGUUCCUUCUCAAACUCAUCUUCUUUGCAUUGAGCUUCAUAUCGAACUUUGUUUCGUGGUUGAUCUUCUCUGGUACUGCCCAUAUUCUGGUGCUAUUGAUCCAUGGAUUCAGAGGACCAGGCCAAGCCAUCCAUGGCACAUUACAACAAGUCACAGAGGUCAUUAAGUCAUGUUCUGAGUACUUUGUGGGCCUUGUAAUGGAAGCAAUAAGUGCUCUAAUUUCUACUAUCUUUGAUUAUCUAAAAGAAAUUGUCACUGGGUCUGCUGGAGUUACAACUUCUGCGAUUGGAGAUCUCAUGGAGAAAACAAAGACUUCACUUGAUGGGUUGCUCACAGAUGUUCCAGAGGUUUCUGAAGGGUUGUCUGAGAUGAUUUUUACCAUGGUGGCUGAUUUGUGGAACAACUGCAAGGAUGCUUUUGGAUAUGUUGCAGAGAAUGCUUAAUUAUUUGGAAAUACCUCUUCAAUUUAUUGUAAAAGAUGUGUGGCUCAUAAAGUACAUGAACAAAUGUGUAUCAAUUUUGAGAUUUCGAAAAGCAUCAUGCCAACUAAUAAUCUGUCUUGGAUUACUUGAAAAGGUAUAGGAAUUACUAAUAAAUAAUUAAGAACCAUUUUUGUGGGUAAUUUGUUGUAUUUCAUGCUAUGUGUGAGGGUCUCCCAUGUUGCCUCGGAGGAGUGCUACAGUCAGUCACUCACGCACUUUGGUCAUAGAUGCGUGUGGAUCCACAAUAAGGCCAAGAUGCAUUAACAGCUUGAAAUUAGUAACACGCGAUUGACCAUAGUAUAUUUUAUUGCACUGCUUAUAUUUGUGAGGAUUUGUUCAGUACAAUGUGAAACUGCCUCAUAUAUGAGACAAAACUAGAC